GUUUUACAGUUAAUGACAGCUACAAUCAACAGUCUCAAUUUCCAGCUGUACAGCAGCUGCAGGAUUCAAGCACACUUGAAUCUCAGGCACUUUCAACAAGUUACCAUCCACCAGCCCUUCUUCAGGUCCCAAAUACAGACACUAUUAACGUAGCCACCCGUUUGAUACAGGAUCAGUCAUCACAAGAAGAACUUGAAUUGCAUACCCAACGGCCUCAUUUUCUUGAGGAUAAUGAAGAUCAAAGCAGGCGUUCGUAUAGAUGUGAAUACUGCAACAAGGGUUUUAAGAAAUCCAGCCAUUUGAAACAACACGUGCGAUCACAUACUGGUGAGAAACCAUAUAAAUGCCAACUCUGUGGCCGUGGCUUUGUUUCCUCAGGAGUUCUUAAGUCACAUGAGAAGACUCACACAGGAGUUAAAGCAUUCAGCUGUAGCAUUUGCAAUACCUCCUUCACAACUAAUGGCAGCCUUACCAGGCACAUGGCAACUCACAUGAGCAUGAAGCCUUACAAGUGCCCGUUCUGUGAUGAAAGCUUUCGAACAACUGUUCACUGCAAAAAACAUAUGAAAAAACAUCAGGCAGUCUCCUCAGCUGUAGCAGCAGCUACAGAAACAGGAGGGGGAGUUGCAUGUGUUGAAGACGAUGAUGAAAGCUCUGAGAGGACUUCCAGAAAAUCUCGUCCUGGUGUCAUAACUUUUACAGAAGAAGAAACAGCAGAACUGGCAAAGAUCAGACCUCAGGAAAGUGCCACUGUCUCAGAAAAAGUUCUUGUCCAGUCUGCUGCAGAGAAAGACAGAAUUAGUGAGAUCAAAGAUAAGCAAGCAGAACUGGAAGCAGAACCCAAAUAUGCCAACUGUUGUAAUUAUUGCCCCAAAAGCUUUAAAAAACCCAGUGAUUUAGUCAGGCAUGUUCGUAUCCAUACUGGAGAGAAGCCAUAUAAGUGUGAAGAAUGUGGAAAGAGUUUCACUGUAAAAUCCACUCUAGAUUGUCAUGUUAAAACACACACAGGCCAGAAGCUCUUCAGUUGUCAUGUAUGCAGUAAUUCUUUUUCUACAAAAGGGAGUCUGAAAGUCCACAUGCGUCUGCAUACAGGAGCAAAGCCCUUCAAAUGUCCACACUGUGACUUACGGUUUCGUACUUCAGGGCGCAGAAAAACCCACAUACAAUGUCAUUAUAAACCAGAGGCAAAGAAAGCUAGGAAGCCUGUCUCCCGUACCUCAUCUGAGGGACUACAACCAAUCAGUCUUCUUAAUUCAUCCUCGACAGACCCUAAUGUUUUCAUCAUGAAUAACUCCGUUUUGACGAGUCAAUUUGAUCAAAAUUUGCUUCCACAAGGACUUGUGGGCCAGGCUAUCCUGCCUGCUUCAGUGUCAGCUGGAGGUGACUUAACUGUGUCCUUGACAGAUGGUAGCUUGGCCACUCUUGAAGGAAUACAGUUACAACUUGCUGCUAAUCUAGUUGGACAGAAUGUUCAAAUUUCUGGAAUAGAUGCCACCAGUAUUAACAACAUAACAUUACAGAUCGAUCCAAGUAUUCUGCAGCAGACGCUACAGCAGGGUAAUUUACUUGCUCAGCAGCUAACUGGAGAUCCCAGUAUGGCUUCACAGAACCCCUCCCUGCAGGCAACAGAAAAUGCAGUGCCUGCUAAUGUGGUUAUUCAGCCUAUAUCAGGGCUGUCUUUGCAGCCCACGGUAACAUCAGCUGCUAACAUGACUAUAGGAUCCCUAUCUGAGCAAGAGUCUGUGCUGACAACCGGUGCUAGUGGUGCACAGGACAUCUCUCAAGUCAUGACUUCACAGGGUAUGGUAUCAUCUUCAAAUGGACAUGAGAUAACGUUGACCAUAAAUAAUUCCAGUUUGAGUCAAGUUCUAGCUCAUGCUUCAGGUUCUACUACUACAAGCUCAUCAGGAAGUCCUCAAGAAAUCACUCUUACCAUAUCUGGCCAAGAUCUUAUUCAGCAUAAUUCUGGAAGCAGUGAUUUGAAUAGUGGCUUAAGGCUGACAACGCCAACCAUCAACAGUCAGACUACAGGUGCUACAUUAACUAUAAGCAAUGACCAGCUUCUUUCUCAGGGCACUUCACUAAACACUCCAGAACUUAAUACAACAGGUGGAACAAACCUUCCUUCAACAACACCCAUAUCUCAGUCUACAGUUUCUGCCCAGAAUUUGGUAAUGUCUUCAUCAGGAGUUGGAGGGGAUGGUAGUGUCACCUUGACACUUGCUGACACUCAGGGAAUGUUGUCAGGUGGUCUUGAUGCAGUUACACUUAAUAUCACUUCACAGGGUCAGCAGUUCCCUGCUAUACUCACGGAUUCUAGUCUUGCUAGCCAAAGUGGGUCAGGCUCACAGCAGGUCAUACUGGUGAGCCAUACCCCCCAUUCAGCAUCUGCAAACUCUGAAGAAAUAACAUAUCAGGUGACAGAGGUUUCUCCAAAUGUGACUAAAAGCAGCCAAGCAGAAAAAGAAGGUUGCCUGCACCAGUGUUUUGAGUGUAGUCAGACCUUUUCUUCAGCCACCAUGUUGAUGCACCAUAGUAAAGAAGUUCAUGGCAAGGAAAGAAUACACGUUUGCCAUGUCUGCAAUAAAGCCUUUAAGCGGGCAACACAUCUCAAGGAACACAUGCAAACCCAUCAGGCUGGACCUUCGCUGAGUUCCCAGAAGCCAAGAGUGUUUAAGUGUGAUACUUGUGAAAAAGCUUUUGCUAAGCCAAGUCAGCUGGAGAGGCACAGUCGCAUCCACACAG